AUGAUGGAAAGUGGAUUUUCUCCAAAUAAUGUUUCAUAUAACACAAUUUUGAAGGGAUUCGCUCAAGAGAAUCUUGAGGAAGCUUUUAAACUCCUAGAUUGUUUUGAGUGGGUAACUAAUAAGCCAGAUUCAGUUUCCUUCAAUACAAUUUUGUGUGCUGCAUGUAAACAAGAAAACUCUUCAGUUAUUGAGAGAGUCUUGUCUCGCAUGGAGUGUGAAGGCAUUAAGCCAGACACUAUUGGUACAACUUGUUUAAUUCAGUAUUUCUGCAAAGUGGGGAGAUUCUCUGCAUGUCUGGAGCUUCUAGAAAUGAUGGUGCGUGAUGGUUGUUAUCCAACAAUUACUUUUAACGUGGUUCUGGACCAACUUUGCAAAAACGGGUUACUUAAGACUGCAUGCGACUUUUUCAGAUAUAUUCAUAACUCUUGUUUUCCGCCUGAUAUUAUUUCAUAUAACAUUCUUAUAGAUGCUUCAAUCAGAAAACACAAUAAGAUGCUUUUAAGCCAAUUAUUCAAAGGCAUGUAUAGGCAGCACCUGAAACCAGAUCGAUAUACUUAUGGAUCCAUGAUAAGUGGUUUCUGUAGGGAAGGAAAAAUAUCAGUUGCUCUGCAUAUAAGAAAGCGAAUGCUUGAGAAUGGGAUUAUUCCAGGCAUUGCAAUAUACAAUGCCAUACUAAAAGCAAUGUUCCAAAGAGGCAAGUUUUGGGAUAUUAUUGGGUUAUUAAAAAAUAUGGCCAUGGAAGGGUGUCAACCUGACUAUAUUACAUGUGAGAUUCUCAAACGAGCUACAUCAAAGGGCUGGUUGAAGAGAUAUCCUAAGCUUGCAAGAAUUCUGGAGCUCGUGAUAUGUGAUAAAUAA